AUGCGGCUGGGAUUUAAUACCCGUGUGUUCUACAGCGUCUCGGAUCUUGCCCAAAUUCCGAGUGACAUUGACAUUGACACUGACAAUGACACUGACACUGACAAUGACAUCGACACUGACACUGACACUGACACUCGAGGCUCUCUUCCAACGCCAAUCACAUCGGCUCAAGUGUGUCAACUUGCUAAACAAUCAAGCAUGUGCAUCAUACUCAGUAUCCCAAGUACAGAAGGACCGAAGCUCACAAUUCCUGAGGGCAGGUUCCCGCCUGUCAGAGAGAUAUCCUCGUCGUCAUCAGCCGACUCUCGCUCUCGCUCUGCUUUCCAUCAGCGACCCAAGCCUUCUUUACUCGGGCGCAUCAGCUGGAGUUCUUGGGCCUCGAUCGUAGAUGGGCCUAGUUCGCAGCUUUCCGACACUACCAAAGCAAGCGCCAGACUCAUCACCACCAGCGGGGUUUCCUUCCCUCCCGUCGCUACCUCGAUCAGUACCUCGAGGGUCGCCCCCAGCGUUCCCAUCAUCAGCACGGUGGAGAGUUCGGGCACUGUUCAGAUCCUCCCUUCGCUGAGCACGACAAGUCCCAACACCAAGGGGACCAUCGUCACGAGCUUGCAGACGUCCGGCAAGCCAACGCUCGCACCACUGUUGAGCGCGUACAUUCCAGUACCAAGCAAGUACCUCGCGUCAGUUGUUCCAACUCUUCCUGAGCCCUCCGUGGCAGUGGGUCAGACGGCCCAGAACAUCUUCCAGCCAAUCGAGGCUGGUGCGCCUCCGUCGGUCAUCCCAAGAAGAGGAGAUCACCCUGCCCCCAAGGUCGGAAUCAAUCAGCAGUCUCCCAUCCAAACGAACAAGUUCUAUGGGAACUUCUUCCUGGGCGGUCAGUCCCAGCCGACAUGGACGCACCCCUACAUCCUGAACUGGGCCAAGGGGGGUGGACCUUCGCAGAGCUGGGGCUUGGCCAUCAAUCACUUGGACGACAGCAUGAAGACUUUCGGCGGCGGGAACCCCGCGGAGUAUUUCGUCAAUGCGGGUGGUCUCCAAUCCGUGGUGCUUUCAGCCCUCGAACUUGGAGCCUCGACUGCCCUGACCGGAGAUGGCCUCACUGCAUUCUCUGCCAACAUCCAUCUGUCCCCGCGUGUCGGCGCCGCUCCCGUGAUCUCUUUCGCCGUUGUCCAAGGUAUGGGCUUCGUAACGGGUGUGUACAACGGCGGUACUCCCAUUCUUCACAGUGGCGUCUUUUUCCGCUCCCUCACCCGGGCCGCCAUCAAUCCCAAGCCAGACGUCGCCAAAUACACGAUUGUAUUGGAAGACGGCAAGACCUGGCUGGUCUACGCGUACUCCCCAUCCGGACAAGGGCUCGAGCUGAAAGCUGUUGGCAAUGGUCUCAUCAAGGCCACGUCCAACUUCAACGGUGUCAUCCAGAUAGCGAAGAAUCCUGGGGGAGACGCCGAAGCCAUAUACGACGAGAGCUGCGGGAACUACGCGACGAGUGCAUCUGUCUCCGGUAGCGCCCACGGUUCCCAGGGCUCUUACACGCUAUCGUUCACAAAAGCUGGCCGGGGCGAUAGUACCCUGGCGAUGUUCUCCCUGCCGCAUCACGUCCAGUCUUUCUCUUCCCAGACGGCGGCUGGGUUAACAGACGUUCGACUCGCAACCACGACCAAGGGAAUGGCCAGACUGGUCCGGGCUGACUCCUGGACGUUGCUUGAAUCUCUCCCUACCACAAUGGGAUUCGCUCCCGGAAGCGCCGCCCUUUCGGCCUCGGCUAAGGAAGCUAUUCAUGCCGCUGCUACGAUCGAGGUCGCCCAGGACAUGAGCGAAGUGUCAGAUGGUGUUUCCAUGUAUUUCAGUGGCAAGAUUCUUGCCAAGUAUGCCCAAAUCGUCUACGUGCUUUACGACCUGCUUGACGACAAGGCGCUCGGCCAGGCCGGUCUUGAUCAACUCAAGCGGGCAUACGCCAGAUUCACCUCGAACAAGCAGCAGAAACCACUCUUCUACGACUCGAGCUAUGGCGGCUUGGUCUCUUCUGCGGGGUACAAUGGUGACACCAUGGCCGAUUUUGGAAACACCAUGUACAACGACCACCACUUCCACUACGGGUAUUUCGUAUACGCCGCUGCCAUCAUCGGGUACCUCGACCCUACCUGGCUCCCUGCCAACAAGCCUUGGGUACAGGCCCUCGUCAGGGACUAUGCCAACCCCUCGGCCGACGACGCCUACUUCCCCGAGUCCCGCAGCUUCGACUGGUACCACGGGCACUCCUGGGCCCACGGCGUCAUGGAGAGCGGCGACGGCAAGGACGAAGAGUCCUCCUCGGAAGACAGCAUGGCCGCCUACGCGCUCAAGAUGUGGGGCCGCACGACCGGCGACGCCAACAUGGAGGCCCGCGGCAACCUGCAGCUGGCCCUCACGGCCCGCUCGCUGCAGAGCUACUUCCUGUACGCGAGCGACAAUAGCAUCGAGCCGGCGCGCUUCAUCGGCAACAAGGUCUGCGGCAUCCUGUUCGAGAGCCGGAUGCACCACACGACGUACUUUGGCCGGAACAUCGAGUACGUCCAGGGCAUCCACAUGCUGCCGCUCCUGCCGGCCUCGACGCUGACGCGGACGCGGCAGUUCGUCCGGGAGGAGUGGGACACCUUCUUCUCGCACGGCCGAGCCGAUGCCGUAGCCGGGGGGUGGAGAGGCGUGUUGUUUGCCAACCUGGCGCUGGUCGAUCCGCGAGCGGCCUGGAACUUCUUUGCGCAGCCUGCCUUUGACGACAGCUACUUGGACGGUGGCGCGUCCCGGACCUGGUACCUGACCUUCGCUGCUGGGUUGGGCGGCGCUUAG